AUGGCCUCGCAACGGUCGCUGGUGAGUGUGCUCGUGCUCUGCCUUCUCUGCGGCGCUUGUGCAGCGGCGAAGCGGCGAUACCUGUCCGUCAGCAUGGACCAACUGCUGAGGUCCAAGGCUCACCUCGACUGCCCUCCCUGGAAGAAGUCAGUAUUAGAAUAUACUGAUUUCCUAGUGAGGCCAUCUAUCUUAUAG